AUGAUACGUCACUUCUUUUUGUUGAUGGCUUUUGUUUUUGGAGUGCUGACAACGAUCGUGCCAACAUCGUGGCUCAGCUUCGCUUACUCGACAACAAAAAGAUCAUUUCUGAUGUUGGCAUUGCCGGAUGAACAAGAAGAAUAUUGUUUCCAAUCAGAAAGAACGACAUUCGACAAUUCAACGAUUUCAGCUCGGUUU